AAUUCAUCCUCUUCUCCCACUUCCUCCUUGUUGAUCAUCCUCGCGAUCUAUUUUCUCUCCCACCCCCUUCCAUUCUUCUGCUCCUCCCCACCUUCUACCAUUCCAGUUUCACCCGCGCAAUCCCCUUCUUGUGUCGUCAACCUUUUCGCGGGGAAAUCCUGUGUUUUGGUUCCUGCAUUUUCCCAGGGAUAUCUUGCGCCGUGAAUCUCGUGCCCCCCAACGUCUUGUCUCACUUUUUUUUUCUUUCUCUAAAUUCAAAUCCACGCGAUAAACCAACUAUCCUCCAUGACGAUGGUCAUUGAGAACCAGAACCGCCAAUACGGCGGGAUGGGCUUCGAUAACGUGUAUCAACACAACAUGCACCACAGCGCUCCGCAGUUCACCGACCCAUGGACCGCUCAAACUUCGUCCCAUUCCACUCCUCCGGUCUACGCGACUUCCAUGGGACCCAGCCAGAUUGGCCUCAGCCAUGUUAAGCAGGAGGAAGUGAGCCGCCCACCGAUGUCUAUGCCAUACUCGAGUAUUCCCGUUUCCGCUCCCUCGAUGGUCGCCGGGAGCAACUACCCUACUGCUACUGCUUCGAGUUACCCCGGACCGGAGAUGAUGGGUUUGUCGCACGACAUGCCGCGCACUUCUUUCGAUCAAGCCCCGGCCUACACUACCGCCUCGCCCAUGACCAGCUUUGCACCCGCGAGCUACGCCCCGCUCAGCUACGCUCCGUCUAUGCACCAACACCAGGACCGUCGGAUAUCUCAUGCUGAUGCUCGCGUCGGUCAAUCGCAACCCCCUUCCGCUCCAACAUUCGGAGAUGCUCUUGAUGCCAGCCGUGGAAUGGUCGCGCUCAGCCAGGAUAUGACACCCCGCAAUAUCUACGGCCCUCGCAGCUCGCGAGGCUCGGGUGACUCUUACGGUUUCCCCUCGACACACUCUUCGGGAUCGUCGAUCUCUUCCGGCGGAAACUACCCCUACUAUUCCGCCUCUGUCGCAUCCGUGGAGUCCUCUGUGACUGAUUACAGCUCUACUACUUCGGAAUCUUACGAGAAUGGCCAUCUGUCGCGGACGCUGCCUCGCCCGUCAACCCUGUUGACGGGAAGUGCGCCUCCGGGACCCCAGUCGAUGAUGAGCCAAUUCAGCUCCAAGAUGCCGUCCAAUACCCAAAAGAAGCACAAGUGCAAGGUGUGCGACAAGCGGUUUACCCGCCCAUCGUCUCUUCAGACUCAUAUGUACAGUCACACUGGUGAAAAACCAUUCGCAUGUGACGUGGAAGGCUGUGGCCGUCAUUUCUCCGUCGUCUCCAACCUGCGGCGGCACAAGAAGGUCCACAAAGGAGAAAAGGAAGGUGCUUCAGGCGAAGACGAAGAGUAAAUCAAGUCCCUCUUCCUCUCAAGUCUCGAACGCCUCCCCCUUAACGCCACCUUAACGGGGCGGAGGAACAGCGGACUACGAUCCUGAGACGCAUCGCAACACAUUGUGCGACGUCUCACUCCUGAAUCGGGUUCCGUAUUCUUGUACAACAGCUUCGAUUCCUCUUCUACUUUUCUUCUCUUUCCGUCUCGGCCAGUGUGGCAGAGAAACGAUACCCCAUUUCUUUUGUUUCCUUUGUUUUUCUCAGAUUCCCCUGGACAGGCAAGACACGGUACAACGGCUCGGAGGGUUGCUAGUGAUGUCUUUAUUACCCAAGUUAUGACCAUAGAGGUAC